GACGAAUAAAUAUAUGCAAAAUUGAUUAUUUUCAUAAUUUUUAGCAAUGGAUUGGAUAAAUAUGUCAUAUAUACAGUUUAAAAAUAUGGAAGAAAUUAGUAAAGAUGUUAAUGCAGACUGUAAACGGGUGUUAUGUAAUGGAUAAGAAUUGAAGAGACAAGACAUGUUCUUGGAUGUGAAGGUCCAGUGAGUUGAAUCAUUGUUUGGAAGUUGUGAUCUGCAUGCAUCACAAUUCCACAAUGUGGUUAGCUUAGUCCGCCCGACUAGGCGAGCCGUUGACAAUGAACUUUGACAAUGGUCAGGGGUUGAAGUUUGGUCUGUCCGGCUAUGGCCAGGGCUUCGACACCUCGGCGGCAGGGAACAUGUGCCAGUUCCAGUAUGUGGGCCUGGACGGCAUGGCGGGAACCAUCAAGCCGGGUCAGGCCAUGCCGUCAAUGCCGCCAGAUCACGCAGGCUCCAUCGGCCACCACUAUCGGAACAUGAACGUCCGGCAUCCGCAGGGGAGUCCUGUUCAGAAUGCCUUCCCCAUUGGCGUGAACAUUUCCAUGGCAACUAGUGCCCAGUUCAAUACCAUGCAGCCCUUGGAUUCAUUUGCUAUGCACCAGGGAUAUCCCGGCAACCCGAGACCCGACAUGCACUACAAGAUAUUUAACAACUGGAUUGGUCCACCGGCUCAAGGCAAUGUUCUUCAAGGUCACAGCCAGCCUCCUCGACAGCAGGGUCAGCCUCAAGGUCAAGUUCCUCAGAACCAAGGUCAAGGUCAAGGUCCGGCAUCGCUUCCCAGUUUCGGCCAUUUGUGGUCGCACUUUCAGCAACAGCAGAUGCAGAAACAGCAGGCAUUACAUCAGCAGGAACCUCCUCAACAACAGCAACAACAACAGCAGAAGCAGCAGCAGCAUUUCAUUGGAAACCAGCAGUUGCAGAAUUACCCGAGCACUGUGGCCUUGAUUCCCAAUGUCCCGAACAACAGUAUUAACUUACAGAGAGGGCAGAAAGUCAGCUAUCAGUAUUCUACUCAAAACCUUGGCGUCGUCACUCAGGCCAGAGUGGGUCCGUCUUUCCCCACAGAAGUGACACAACUCGUCGCCGGCAGCAACCAGCCGGUCGGUUGCGGUGAGAACCAGAUCUCUCUGGUCGUUGCAGCUGCAUCCAAUUUAGCCGCCUGUUCAACGUCGGCGGCAAGCGGCCUGGUCGUGUCGGCUGGCACCACUCCCGUGACCAACACCACCACGACGGUUACCAUGACGACGUGCAGUACCACUCCCGUGACGACCACUGCCACGAGUCACUCGGGGGUUCUGGUCUCUUCGGUGGGACCGGUGCAAGCGCAGUCAUCGUCGACGGAGGAGAUUGUUGAGAAAAACCAGGUGGAAAUGUCGACGGAACAGUGUGGCAGAAGUGCUGGAAAGUUGCCGGUGUCUAAGAGUGGUGACGGAUCCUUUCAGAUUGUGAAAGUGCCGUUCGGUUGGAGGAGAACCACAGAAGAUGGAGAGGUGAUUUAUUACAGCCCGAGCAAUACCCGACUGACAUCGUACCACGAAGUGUGUAAGUACCUGGUGUCUGACGGGACAUGUAAGUGUGGGAUAGAGUGUCCGCUACAGGUGGAGAAGGUGUUCAACUUUGACCCGUUUGUCAACGGGAAACUGUGGACGGUCGACGACGUCAGUACCGAGGAUCUCACCAAACUGUGCAUACACAAGAGGAAAAUCAUCGCCAUGGCAACGUUCCAGAGAAGUCAGGCUAUUCCUGGUGGUAUUCUUGGUCCAAGUCCGGUGAUUCACAGCAGGGCUAAACCUGGCAACUCGAGGAGUAAACGAGAGUCGAAACCAAGGAAGAAACUGAAGAACAAAGGGAAUGCAACACCUUAUGACGGUCUUCUGGUGUCACAGCUGUUAGCUCAGCGGACCAACAGUCCGCAGGUUCUCAACCACAAGGCGCCGCAGGGCCUGUCUAUGAAGAAUGUUGUCGGGGACAUGCAGUUUUCUCCACCCAACCACUUGACUUGUAACGUGAUGUCGAACCUCGGUGCUAACACAAAACUACAUCACCACCAGUCAGCUGAGGUGGGGGACCUGGGCUCGCCUCUGUCCGGUGACCUGCUCCGUGAUCCCAUGGACGACUUGGGACCCAUAACCUGUCAGGUUCCUGCUAAGCUGGACUUCAGUGCAGGUUGUGUUCUGAACAAUCCCACUCAUAGGAUAGUUAAUUCUGCAGUUGGAGCUCACGACGUGGGUCAGGUGGUGUUUCCUGCAAAGAAUCUGUCGCCCCAGGGUCCCUUCAGUCCAGAUCACCUAAAGAAUCAGCAGAUGAUGCUGCAGCAGCACUCGCCAGUACAGUGUGUUCCAGCCAGUCCUUCGUUUGUGACCAACGUUCCCAACCACAUGUACGGACCAAAUGUCCCCCAGCAUUUUCAGGUCCCACUGAACCUACAGCAGCAGCAGCAGCCUGGUGGAAUGAUGUUCCAGUCCCUGAUGCAGGUUCAGAAUGCCUCGGGACAGCAGGUUCCAAAUCCUCAGAUGUUUGAGCAGUCAGGAAUGCAGGCCAAUCCGGUCCAUGCUGGACCCCAUCAGCAGAACCUGAUGUUCAACUCUCUGUAUCCCCAGUUGAGUGACUUGACUUGGCUGGACUCUGGUAAACCAAAAACUAAGCGCCCCAGGAGCAAGAAGGACAAGCAGAAAUUGAACAGUAUUCUUGACAGGACAUCUCCCUGCCCCAAUGUUGAUGUGCGCCAUCUGCCUUCCGAGGCGUCCUGUGGCACAAAGUCAUCAGUGUCGUUUUUGGAAAACCCAUCUGCAUUUCUUGCUCAACAGACUGCUCUUGUGCGAAGCUCUCUCAAUUCCUCGCAGUUGAAUAUGUUUCAUAAACCACCACCCAGUAACCCAUCAGAUACAAGUAGUGCAUGUGUAAAUACAAAGACAACAUCAGUUUGUGUGAAAAAGACAAUAUGUUCUUCAGUAUUGACUGAACCUUUAGGUAUUGAUUCAGUGGAAAGGACAGAAAAUGCUGAUACGGCUGUUUCGCCAGAUGCUCCAGACUCCAUUAGCUCUGGUAAUAACAAGACAGAUAAAAAGGAACCACCUUGUGAAAAUGUUGAGAAUAAAAAGUUGCCAAAAGACCAGGUGGUGGAAGUGUCGACAGCAAAUGAGAAUGUGGCUUCCACAUCGGUAACACAGAGUGAUAACAAAUCAAAGAGCUCUAUGACGACUGUUUCAGGCAAUGCAAAAUCCAAAUCUCCAAAACCAAAAGCAAGAUCAAACAUUGUACGUCAUUUAAACCAGACAUCCACAAAACCACAGCCACCUGCAACAUCUGGUUCUGCCAUCACUGUCACCGGAGUAGUUGAAUCGCCAGUUUUCACAACAAGCAGCUUACAUGUAGGUGGUCUGCCACAUGCCUCGCAACCUGGUACUGGUGACUUUCCGGCCAGCAGUCUCCUCUCGGCUGCAGCCAAAGCUCAAGGUUCACAAGCAAGUCCUUUAGGAGUAGUCUUGGGAAGUCCACUUCAGGUUAACCCUGGUCUUCCUGUAAAUGUUAGUCCAGACAUGACAGGCGUCGGAAGUGCCAGCUUGCAAGAUUUGAUGGGAAAGUCGGGACUGAGUUCUCUGGAUCAGCUCUGCCUGUCGUUUGGUUCUGGUGGACUGGCUCCGGUGAUGAUUCCGCAGAAUAACAUCCUCACUGGAGCUAUGCCUGGCUUUGUAAACAACCCGGCAUUACAGGGACUGCCUGUCAAUAUGUGUCUGCCUCUUGGUCAGCCGGUGAUGAACUCGGGCGUCUUGAACUUGGCUCAGAAUUUAAUGUUUGGUGGACUUGAUCCCAAGCUUGUCAGCCAGACGCAGCAAUCGGAUAAGUGUGUUAGUGUGAACAGCAGCAAGUCGUCCAGUUCAGACAGCACAAAGGAUUCAGGGUCCCAGAGUGCUGGUUUGGUGACUGUUCAGACUGACAGUAUUCAUAUGUCAAAUGUGGCAGAAACUGAUGCUAAAAAUCUAGCUUGUACGUCUGCAGCUGUUCAUCAAGUGUCGUCUGCCUCUAACAGCCAGCUGCUCAAUAACCAGUUUCCUUUUGUGACUAUGAACACCCCGAUGCCACCGAUGUCUUUGCCGGUUGUGACUAACGUAACCAACAGUUUGUCGCAAGUCAUCCCUGCUGUGGGCAUGCCCCAAACCAUCCUCAAUCAACAUCCUCUUGCUCAUCUUCUAAGUACUAUGGCUGUUCCAGCCAUGAACAAUUCUGUAGUCUUGACAAAUCCAGCAACACAGUCUUGUGCACAAAAUAUUGCUUAUUUGGGUCUGCCAGUUUCAGGAGUCACAUCCGCAUCCACAGCAACUGAUAAGUCGGAUGACAGGAUCGGUGCUGAUGGUAAUGCAGAAAGGACCGCAGGACCACAGAGCUUGGUUAUGUCGGACAAGCAUGAAGCAUCUGAGCAAGUAUCGGUUGAUGCCCAGUUGCAGCAGGAAACGCCCAAUUUGGUCCUCUUCCCAAACCUCAGUAUGCCCAUGGUGCAGGUCCUUGAUGGUGGUUCCAUGAUCGCAGCGAUGGACAAGCUUGGCACGGUGCCCCAGGUGAUGCUGCCUGGAACUAUUCUGGACUCCCAGUCCCAGCUGUGUCAGAGUCAUCCAUGUGCUAGCCUACCUCUGAAUCUGCUACAGCUGCAGCAGAUGUGGAACAACAUCGGUGGGGCGGGAGUUCCCAGCGUCGGCGCUCUACAACUACAGCAGCUGCAGACACUACAGCUGCAGCUACUGCUCCAGCAGCUGCAUGUACAAGGGAUGCAAAAUCUUGUAAACCAGAUGAAUCUUCACGAAGCAGUUGUGCCGGAGUCUGGUGGCAUGUCGUCGUCCUCGUCUCCUGCUGAUGCCGAGGAUGAAGUGGACUCUGAGGAGCAAGCGGUGCAGGACAGUGCAGAGGAAGGUGACCAGGAUGAUGACCAGAGUUCCAUGGAAGGCAGUACUCAGGACGAAAAUGUCGUGGAUCAGGAGGAAGGUCUGCUGCAGGAUGUUUGUGAGGACACUUCAGAAAGUGUUGUGAACCAAAAAGAUAGUCUCAGAUGCAAGGCCAGUGUCCUGCAGCAGCAGCAGCAGCCAUCCAUUCGUAAAACUAGUGAGGAGAAAUCUGUGCGUAUAAGAAGUUGUGUGUCGAAUACAAAACCGUAUGUGUGUACUCAUAGUGAUUCAAGUGGAACAAAAUUGAAGUUUGUUAGUGUUUCUUGUAGUUCAUCUGUUUCUUCUCACUCAAGUAGUAUGAAGAGGAGUCGGACAGUGACUAGCAGAGAUUCUGACAGCGUGAAAUCUCUGAGUUCUAAUAAAAAACAAAGCAAAAAGCAAAAAUAUUCCUCCGAAAAAGCUUUGCCUUUGUGUUAUGAUCGUGUGAAUUAUGAGUGCGGUAGAACAUUUACUCAAGAUGUUUCCGAUGACUUUACAAAAUCUUCGCCCGACAGACAAAGUGAUUCGAGCACCUCAGUAUUUGAGGAAGAGAGUGAGAAACACAAACUGGCAAGGGAGUCCUUUAAGAAUCAGAUCAUGGGCAAGAAGAACUUGCUGAAGUCUGAAUCGAGUGAAGAUUUGUCCUCUGGAAUCUCAGGAAAGCGAACUAGUGAUUCUUCCGACACGUCUGUGAACGACCAAGCUUUGUCGGACAGUGGCUUCACGGAUUGUUCAGACCCUUCUGCCAAUGAAAGUCACGAGAGACUUCCCCAUCACGGCGAGGAAUCCACUGACAAGAGUGACACAGGGGAGGCAACUGAAGAGGAUGAUCUUCCAUUGGGAGACUUGAAGAGGAAGGCCAAGAAGAGAUUGUACCCAGAUGAUCAGGAUGUGGACAUGGAUGAAAAUCUGGAAGAGUAUUCCAUUGAGUGCAAUUCACUGCAAGAGAUCCCAUGCACUGGGGACCUUGUCUGGGGACAAAUUCGGGGUUUUCCUCUGUGGCCAGGAAAGCUGGUACCAGAAUCCGCGGCAGCAGAUGUUGACCUUGGUCCUGAUUAUGGUGAAGGAAUCGCAACUGUUAUUGUGAUGUGGUAUGGCGACCACACGUUUACUCGCGUUGAGCCAGAGAGGUUGAAGUCUUGGAGGGAAGGUCUUAUUGCUCACCAUAAAACUCGCCGCAGGAGAAAGGGUCGAAAAAUGAACUCCAACUUGGAAGCAGCUAUCCAGGAAGCCAUGAAAGAUGUGUCCGUAGAAAGUUUGCCGGUCCUCCGUAAUUGGAGGGGGAGAUCAAACAAAAAAAAGAAAACAUAAUAUUUAUGAUAUUCUAUUUUUUAACUCCCUGCUUGUUUUCCUUGUUGUAUUUUUGAAAAUUGUUUCAGUGCUCUGUUUUUUUCUUUUUUCUUCUUAUAUUGACUUAAAAAAUUUAAUAUUUCCAUAUAGAAAUAUUUUCUUAUGUGUGGUCAGUCUUUUUCUUAAAACAGUAUUUUGAAUUGAUGAAAAUGUUUUCAGUAGUUAAGCAAUGUUUUGAAUCUGCUUAUAAAUAAAUACAUGUAAUAUGCAGGUACCUGUCGUAGGUUUCACACACACAUGUAUGUUCAAGUGUGUGUGGACUUUUUUGAUAGCUUUAUAAAAACAUUAACAGACUGAGUAAAUGGCAACAAUUACGAGCAAUCGGGCUACAGUGUGCUAUUUUUAGAAUAAAAGAAGGUGGGCCGACUUUAAGACAUUUUUGUUUACCGUUUCCUUACAUAUUGGUGAAAAGAUGGCCUGAAAGAUUAACCCUAAUUUCUUGAUUUCAUUUUUUUUUUCUUUGUUUUUAUUAAUUUAUUUAUUAUUUUAUUAUAAUUGUUUUGGGGGGGUGGAAGGGAUCAGUAUUGACCGUCAGUGAUUUUUAAAAAUAAAUAAGUUAUGAGCAAAUAUGAAAUCUAGUAUUUAAUAAUAAUAUUAUUAUUAUUUAUUAUAUAUAUAUUUUUAAUCUUGACUGAUCCAUAACCAAAAAGGUCAGAUUAAUAAAAUUGUAUGAAAUAGCAAUACCAUUGACACUGAUAACACAACUGUUGACAUUGUUUGGUUGGAACAUUUUUGAGCGUGUAGUUAAACGGUCUUCACAUUUAAAAAAUAAAUUUAUUAUAUAACAUUUAGUGAAAUAUCUUAAAAUAUCAGUGAAAUAAAAGUGUUAUCAGUCACUCAGUGAC